UACAAAGUCUACACAAAAAUGGUUCUUGUGAAAACAUACAAUACAGACUCGUUCAUUCGGUUUUUUACCUUCACCGAUAUAACUUAAAUUUCAUAAUGGCGGACGCAGCUCCAGCCCGUGGUGGUUUCCGUGGAGGAUUUGGCUCUCGUGGAGGACGUGGACGUGGUCGCGGUAGAGGACGCGGACGUGGUCGUGGCCGUGGUGGCAAGGAAGAUGCCAAGGAAUGGAUUCCAGUAACCAAAUUGGGACGCUUGGUGCGUGAUGGAAAAAUUAACUCACUAGAAGAAAUUUACUUGUAUUCUUUGCCCAUCAAAGAGUUCGAAAUUAUUGAUUUCUUCUUGGGCUCAGCUUUACGCGAUGAAGUACUCAAGAUUAUGCCUGUACAGAAACAGACACGCGCUGGUCAACGUACACGUUUCAAGGCCUUUGUUGCUAUUGGUGAUAACAAUGGUCAUAUUGGUUUGGGCGUAAAAUGCAGUAAAGAAGUAGCAACUGCUAUUCGUGGUGCUAUUAUCUUGGCCAAACUUUCUGUCGUACCUGUACGUCGUGGUUACUGGGGUAACAAAAUUGGUAAGCCACAUACUGUACCAUGCAAAGUUACUGGCAAAUGCGGCUCUGUAUCAGUGCGUUUGAUUCCUGCUCCACGUGGUACCGGUAUUGUAUCUGCUCCAGUCCCUAAGAAGUUGCUUAUGAUGGCUGGUAUUGAAGAUUGCUAUACAUCAGCUCGUGGUUCAACUGGUACUUUGGGCAAUUUCGCCAAGGCUACCUAUGCAGCUAUCGCUAAGACCUACGCAUACUUGACACCUGAUUUAUGGAAAGAGAUGCCAUUGGGCGCUACUCCUUAUCAGGAAUUUGCUGAUUUCUUGGCUGAGAAACCAGGCAGUGGUGUACGUCACCAUGUAGAAGCCUAAACAAUUACAAAUUUAUCUUCUAAUAAAUAAAUUUGGCUAAUCAAAAAUUU